CAACACGUCUAGCCAGCUCAAAGUGCCACGACUUCACAGUGCACAGAUUCCCAACUGGACUGAAGCAGAGCACAGGAAAAGGCAAGUUAGCGAGAUAAAUAGUCAGCGAAACGCCACAACUGUAAAAGAAAAACCAGGACUUUUUGUCCCAUUUUCAUUCAUUCCAAAGCUAAACUCCCAGCUGCUUCCUCCGAGAGGUUAAUUACAUUUGAAUCAUGGAUAUCUACGAACCGCAAACCCUGGGCAUCCUUGUGUUUGGUGGAUUCAUGGUGAUCUCGGCCAUAGGCAUAGUACUGGUCUCCACCUUCUCCAUGAAGGAGACCUCCUAUGAGGAGGCAUUGGCCAAGCAGCGGAGUAAACAGGGCAAGAUUCAGCCCUCUCGCAGCGACAAGAAGAAGAAGGACAAGGCCUCUGAGAAGAAAACCAAAACGAAGAAAAAGGACGAAAAACCCAACGGGAAGAUCCCAGAGCCAGAGGAGGAAACGGAGGCCCCCGAGACCGACCCGAUCCCAGAGCCGGUCGCCGUCCCCGUUGUGGCUGUUGCUCCUGCCCCCGUACCGGAAGCCCCCGCCCAGGCCCCUGAAGAAGUCCAGCCCAAGGCCCCCGCCCCGGCCGAGCCCUUGCCUAAGGACAAGAAGAAGAAAAAGGGAGGCAAAGUGGAGCCCGUCCCCAUCCAGGCGGCUGCUGCCCCCGAACCCGCCAAGCCCGCCCCCAUCCAGGCCAAGUCUGCCCCGGCCCAGACCAAAUCUGCUCCCCCGCAGGCCAAGUCCGCCCCAGCGGAGGCCAAAUCUACUACUACCGCCGCCACCGCCGCCGCAGCAAAGUCCACCUCCGCUCCGCCCAAGUCCGCCCCGGCCAAACCGUCCCCGGCUUCCGCUCCACCCAAGCCAGCGGCUGUCCCUAACAAGCCUGCCCCGACCCAAUCCACCAAGGCUGCCAAGGCCGCCCCCACCCUGGAGGCAUCGACCAAGGCGGUCCCGGUGAUGGCAGUGCCCCCUGUGGCCCCGGCAAAAGCCCAGGAGCCCAAGAAGAAGGCCCCCAAGAAGAAGCCUGAGCCUGCCGCCGAGGACCUCGCCGACGCCCCGCUCUACCUGCCCUACAAGGCCCUCGUGUCCACGGUGCGCAGCAUGGUGUUCAGCGAGGCCGAGGCCCAUCGCCUCAUCGAGAUCCUGACCGAGAAGGCCGGCAUCAUCCAGGACGCUUGGCACACGGCCUCCCAGAAGGGAGAUCCAGUGGCCAUGCUGAAGAAGCAGCUCGACGAGAAGGAGAAACAGCUGGCAGCCGAGCAAGACGACGCGGUCGCAGCCAAGAGCCGACUGAGAGAGAUGACAAAGGAGCUGUCGACGGAGAAGUCCAAGGUGGCCAGUGUGGAGACCCGACUGAGCUCCCAGCUCAGCAAGCGAGAGCAGGAGAUGAUCGCCCUGCAGGCGCGCAUGCAGGCCAGCUACCAGGACCACGUGGCGCAGACCCAGAAGCUCAACGCCAAGGUGGUAGCUCUUCAGGAGCAGCUGGACAAGGGCCCCAGUGCCCAGCUCACCCGCCUGCAGCAGGAGAACUCAAUCCUCCGGGACGCCCUGAACCAGGCCACCAGCCAGGCUGAGAGCAAGCAGAACGCCGAGUUGGCCAAGCUGCGUCAGGACUGUAUGAAGCUGACCAAGGAGCUGGGGGAGAAGGCGGAGCUGCUGCAGGCCGACCAGCAUGCCAAGAGGGGCCUCGAGGGCAAGGUGUCCGCCACCGAGAACCAGCUGGCGGCGCUGCAGGUCAGCCAUGCCGAGCAUGAGCAGGCCCUGCAGAGGAAGCUGGAGGAGGUGUGUGAGGAGCUGAGGGCCACGCAGGGCAGCAUGCAGAAGGCCACUCAGGAGAGCAGCGGCCAAUCAGAGCUCCAGGAGCGCCUGGCCGGCCUGGAGGCGGAGCUGGAGCAGCGGUCCGGUCAUGUGAGCGGCCUGACCGCCCAGCUGGAGCAGACGGCGGCGGAGAAGAGCCAGCUGGAGCAGCGGGUAGCCUCCAUCACGGCCCUCCUGGAGGCCAGCGAGGGGAAGGGGGCAGAGGGAGCCGCACCACAGGUGGAUGCUGCUGAGGUAGAACAGCUGAAGCUCAGUCUGCAGGAGCGUGACGGCGAGCUGGGCUCCCUCCACGAGGAACUGAAGCAGCUUAAAAUGAAGGAGGCUGCUCAGGAGGAGUCGUGCGCAGAGGCAGAGCAGCAGAAGAGCGAAGACAGCAGCCGUGUAGCAACACUCGAAGGUGAACUUAAAGCCCUCAAUGAAGAACUGGAACAGUUGAAGAACACACCUCGACCUGAUAACUCAGCAGAGCUGACACAACUGCAGUCGAGUCUCGGUGAGAGAGAUGUCCAGCUUGCAUCACUACAAGGAGAGCUGCAGCACGAGAAGGACAAAUCAACGGCCGCCAACAAUGAUUUGGCCGCACAGCUCAACUCGCUUCAAGCUGAAACCAAAGCCACCCUCCAGACCAUCUUCCCACAGAUUGCGUUGGAGACAGAGGAGGAUAACUGGUCCCAGGUUUACAUACAGAAGGCCCAGGAGGCGCUCGCUCACGUUGAACAGAGCCAGGAGACCCAGGAGACUCAGUCGAGUACAGAGCUGCCACAUUUGCUGGAGAAGCUGAAGGAGGCGGAGGAAAGCCAGAGCUCACUGCAGGCCGAGUGCGAGCAGUACCGUACCGUCCUGGCGGAGACGGAAGGAAUGCUGAAAGACCUGCAGAACAGCGUGGAGGAGGAGGAGCUGGUGUGGAAGGCCAAGAUGGCGGAGUCAGACGAGCAGUUCAGGAUAGCUCAGGAGAAGACACAAAGUCUGGAGGCUGCCGUUGAAAGCUCAAAGGCAGAGACCGAAUCAGUAGAGAAGCUAAAAGGGCAAAUGAUGCUCCUGGAAGCCCAGCUGGAGAAGCAGGCAGAGUCUACCCUGUACGCCCAAGAGAUCACAGAGCUGAGACUACAGCUGACAGCCAGUCAGAGCCAGCUGGACUCCGCCCAGAAGGAAGCCCAGGCGCAAAGGGAGGAACUCACACAGGUCAGAGAGCAGCUGAGCAACUCCGCCACGCAACCCGAACACAACGGGCCUUCUGAGGCCGCGCCCAGCCAGGUCCAGAGCGAGUUGAGUGUGAAAACCGAGAAGCUCCACGGGGAGGAGAGCUCGCAUCAGCAGCUUUCGGAGGACUUCGAGCAGGCUCAGGUGACCGUGGCCGAGCUCCAGGCGCAGCUGGACCUCCUGAAAGCCGACGCAGACCAACAGCAGACGGAGACUGAGGACGUGGCUCAGCUCAAGGAGCGUCUGGAGAAGGAGAAGAAGCUGUCCAAGGACCUGGGCCAGGCGGCCACCAAGCUCCAGUCCCUCCUCAAGGUGACCCAGGAGCAGCUGACCAAAGAGCAGGGCGCCGUGAGGACUCUGCAGGAGCACCUGGACGGCAAGGGCCAAUAUGGGGAACUGAAGGAAGGAACAUCUGUCUGAGCUCCCAGACCCCGACCAGAAGACACUACACAAAAAAUGCCAAAAAAAUGCC